AAUUUGGUUCUUACUUUUUUUGAUUUUGCUUCUUUAAUCUCUAAACUUUUACAUAUAAUAUACUUUCAUUUUUGACUGCUAAAAAAACUCUAAUUUUUAAAAACAAUAUUAAUUUUCACUCCCUUUCCGAAAAUACCUGGUUGCAAUUUUUCCAGAGUGUUACAUUUUUAAUGCCAAUUUACUGCACAAGAAAAUUCAAAAUUUUUAAUCGUCAGAAACUGCAUGCAGCGCAACAUUUUUAUGACAGAUAGUCAGGAAAAUAGAUAAUUAAGCAACAAAGAAAAAGCACAAGGACUGAAUUGCAAUAUCUGAAUAGUAGAGGGCCCAUUCAUGCAUUUUAAUUUUUACCCAACAAUAUUCUCCUCUCCACCCUAUAAUAGUUUUCAUAAUUUUCUCUCUCCUCAUCGUGCAUGCAUGGCUCUAAAUCCAACCCCUUUCCUUACGUGCACUGCACCUUUUUAUUAUUUUUUCUUCUCCCUCUCUCUUUCUCUCUCUUAUAAAACUAUGAUAUGAUACACAACACGCAAUUAAGUUGUGUUCUACGUACCUUAUAAGUUUUGUGAUCCUUAAUUAGAACGUUUCUACGAGCCAUGGGGAGGCUCUCAAUCUCAUUAGCUUUUCUGACGGUGGUUUCGGUGCUCGGCUCGACGGCGACCGCGUUCGACUACAAGGAUGCACUGGAGAAGAGCCUGCUGUUCUUCGAGGCCCAGCGGUCCGGCAAGCUCCCGCCCGACCGCCGCGUCAAGUGGCGCGGCGAUUCCGCCCUCACCGACGGCUUCGAACAAGGCGUGGACUUGGUCGGAGGAUACUACGACGCCGGCGAUCACGUCAAGUUUGGGUUCCCGAUGGCGUUCGCGGUGACGAUGCUUUCGUGGGGCGUGAUCGAGUUCGAGAAGGAGACGGUCGCCGCGAACCAACUCAAACAAGCCUUGGCUGCAAUCCGGUGGGGCACCGAUUACUUCCUCAAAGCUCACAAACCACCCAACACCCUCUGGGUGCAGGUUGGGGACGGCGACGGUGAUCACCUCUGCUGGGAGAGGGCGGAGGACAUGACGACGUCGAGGACGGCGUACAAGAUCGACACGAACCGCCGCGGCUCGGAGGUGGCCGGAGAGACUGCUGCUGCAUUAGCUGCAGCUUCUAGGGCUUUCAAGCCUUUUGACGCUAAGUACUCCAACCUCCUCCUCUUACAUGCGAAGCAGCUCUUCACCUUCGCUGACACAUUCCGAGGACGGUACGACGACACCCUAGAGUUCGCUUGCAAGUUCUACCCUUCGUCGACGGGUUUUCACGAUGAGUUGCUAUGGGCAGCUACAUGGCUUUAUGAAGCAACCAAUGAUCAAUCCUACCUCAGCUAUGUAUCCCAAAAUGCUGCAGCAUUUGGUGGAACAGGUUGGGCUGUUAAGGAAUUCUACUGGGACAAUAAAUAUGCUGGAUCACAGGUUCUCCUCACAAAGGUGCUUUUGCAAGCGGGAAGCGCCCCGUACAGCUCCGUUCUCAAGCAAUACCAGGCGAAAGCCGAGUUCUUCGUCUGCGCGUGCCUUCGGAAGAACAAAGGCCACGACGUCAAGAUGACCCCAGGGGGACUGUUAUACUUCGACGACUGGAACAACAUGCAGUAUGUAUCGUCGGCGGCGUUCUUACUGGCGGUUUACUCGGAUUACUUGUCGGCGUCGAAGGGUAAUCUCAAAUGCCCUGACGGCGAAAUCCAACCUUUAGAUAUCCUCAGGUUUGCCCAGUCCCAGGUUGAUUACAUGCUCGGAAAGAAUCCAAAGUCCAUAAGCUACUUGGUAGGAUAUGGAGGGAGGUUUCCAACUCAUGUGCACCACAGGGGAGCUUCAAUGCCUUCGGUUUCCAUUCACCCCGCGCCGAUCGGAUGCGUAGAGGGGUUCGAGGACUGGUACGGUAAUAAGAACGCCGAUCCGAAUGUCAUUCUGGGAGCUUUACUCGGUGGCCCUGAUGACAAAGACGGCUUCUCCGAUGACCGGAAAAGCUACAAGCAAACCGAGCCGAGCCUCGCGGGGAACGCGCCCCUCGUAGGGGUCCUCGCGAGGUUGUCGUGCCUCCCGGAUUCAGGUCAAUAAGAACGUUGCACCGAAAACUGAAUCAUGUGCAUUGCGAAAAAUUGGAAACAUUUUCACCCAAUUCAUCUUCAUUUCCUGGUUCUUGUUACAGCUUUAUUACCAAGAGAGAAAAGAGAACCUGUGAUCUACUUA